UAGUCGGCCAGUGUAGCCCUUUGUUUUCGUCACAUCAAUUUAAGAAUAAAACAUGGCGCCUACGGAGUUCUACACGCUGGAUAACGGGGCUCCGGAACUGCUCCAGGCCCUUUACAAGAGCGUAGGCACUACCAAAGAUGAAGGUGCCUCAUCCAAACCUGUAUACCUUGGCGACUCCCGCCGCGAGAACCACAUUGAGGCGCAGGCAGAUCCCGUUGAGCACAAGGGCAUCCGGCUGCACAACUGGAUCAUCGGCUCCAACAAGACCCACAUCACCCCUAUCGACACUGUGGACGAGAUCGGGGAGGCUGCCAAGCUGACUCCGCCCGAGAUGGUGUUCGGCAAGAACCAGCUGAUGCUGUUCCAUGAACCGUCCGGUGUGUGCUACAACUUCCUGGCAGUGGAGGCUCUCAAGGGCGCACACUUCCCCCCGCCGGCCAGUGACAAUGCAGAGGACAUUGUGGCCAACCAGCAGCUGAAGGUCUCCAUUGCCAAGCACAACACAAACAAGGAAGAUGUGAAGGAGCUCAACAUCACGUACGACUGGACGUACUCGACGGACUAUAAGGGCUCACUGCAGCGUCUCAUCAAGUCUGAAGAACCUCCUAUCACGUUUACGAAGAGCGAAGAAGACCUGAAAGUAGAGACUACUAGUGAGCGCAUUAACUUUGAGAAGUUGAAGGAGCGGGAGCCUAUUCUCUGGUUUGAAGACGUUGCACUGUAUGAGGACGAGCUCCACGACCACGGAACCUCUGCCAUGUCGGUCAAAGUGGUAAGUUUUGUGAUGGCUUAUGGAGCUUGUGGCCUAUUUUAACGCGUUGUCCCUGCUGCUGCAGCGCGUGAUGCCGUCGGGGUUCUACGUGCUGUCGCGCUAUUGGAUGCGUCUGGACCAUGUUGUUGUGCGUCUGCACGAGACGCGAAUCCACCACCUCUUCGGCACCGACCACUUCCUGCGCGAGUACACCCGCAAGGAGGAGCAGUUCGACGCGCUGUUCGCCAAGGGCCAGUCGAAAAACAUGGCCAACUACACCAACAUCGACACGUUCCAGCAUCUCCUGCCUGUGUGUGAAGCUGUUUACGAGAAGGUGCUGCUUCAGUGAUCAUCCAUCAUCUCACUGGUAAGCGUGCUAGUUUAGAAUUCUUGGAGAACAGCAAAACGUAACCCGUGAUAAAUACUGUGUUGUAACGGAACGGGGCUGAUACUAUACUAACAACAGCCCACCAAAACCCUAUCGAUAGUCAUUGGGAAGCUCGGAUCCCACCAUGACGAGGCUGUCUGCGUUAGAGGAGACUCCGAUUGCCGCGAACAUUGUACGCGCUCGAAAAGAAUACCAAGAUAUUCUCCUAGUACUUGUGGCAUAUGCCGGUGCUUUCAUCUCCAAAUCCAGCUCAACAGUGCCAUCGCUGUGAGCCGUCUCACCGUCCUGGGUGGCCAUCUCUGCUUCAACCUCAUUCGGCUGUGCCUCGUCGUUCAGGAAGAACGCCACCUGCUGCGUAUUCAUAUCCAAAUACACGCCCACGGUGUCUCCCGCUGCGAAGGAUUGGGCUCUGCAGACUUCCACACCGCUGUGUAGGAUCACGCCAGUCGCAGCGUAUCCAACCGCCUCCUCUGUCACUCCUGCCUCGAACGCCUCAGACGGUGCCACGCCCACCAUGACGCCCUGAGGGUCCACCAUGCGCUCCACCAGCACCUCCCAGUAGUGACGGCCGCUGGUGAAGAAUAAAUGACGCAGUACUCGCGUCCGCUUGCAGUGGAGAGACUGGCA